AUGAGGAUAAACUCUCUUAAGUCUUCCAGGGAACUCGAAUCUGUUUCUAAUAUCCCAAAUUAUCCAAAAUCAGCUUUUCUCCGAAUGUCUUUAAUAUGCUGUGCUACCAUGGGCAUAUUCCCCCACCAAUUCAUCUUUCAAAACCAUCAAAUUAGACAAACUUGCUACAACAUUUAUUCGAAAACUUGCUUUGGAUACAUGAUAUUGUUCAUACUCGCAUGCUAUUUGGAACUAAUUGUAAUUGUAACCAGCGAUCAAAUUAACUUCACAGAACUCUUCAAGAAUCUUAUUAUUACUCCUCUGUGUACCAUCACUUUGAUUAGAAUUUGCUUAGUCUGGUCACAAGGCUUCAGGAGGUUAAUUAAUAACAUAAUUAAUAGUGAGGAAAGUAUGGAGGGUGAAGAACAAGUUAAAAAAAUCGAAAGAAUAUUUAUUAAGGAGAUAAAUAAAAAUAUCAAGUUCUACCUCUUUAUAAUGGUUUCGACAGAGAUCUCAUAUUCUAUGAGGCCAUUUUUUGAGAAUGAGGAGCAGGUGGUUGUGGAUAAUAACACCUAUUUAGUGAGGAGUUUACCCUUAUCCACGUGGUUUCCUUUUGAUGCUAGAAAGAAUUUUGUGAAAGCAUAUGUCAUUCAAGUAAUUGACAUAUUCUUUGCCUCCUGCUACGACUCCUACUCGGAAUUCCUAUUGGUGUCAGUGUUGGCUUAUCCGAUAGUGCGCCUAAAGGUGUUGCAACAUGUUUUUCAGCAUUUCGACACGUACAAGUUAAAAUCCAUGGAAAGUGAUGGUGUGGAAGAUCCAGAGCUCGGAUCUGUGCUUUUUAUGAAAAAGUGUGUUAGAUGGCAUUUGUCGAUUAUUAGGUAUAUAGAUGAGUUUAACCGGAUUAUGUCAACUUGCAUGUUUCUGGAUUUCUCUCAGAGCUCCAUCCAUAUGGCAUGUGUACUAGUUGAAACUGUUAUGGUACCCACCACAUGUUUCAAACUUUUCUCAGUGGCCCUCUAUAUUUUGAUAUUAAACUUUAGACUGUACCUCUAUUAUUACUAUGCUAAUGAAGUUAUCAUACUGAGUGAAGGUCUUUCUGCAGCCAUCUAUCAAUCGAACUGGUACGAUGAACCACGUGAAGUCAAAUAUAUGAUGGGCAUAAUGGUUAUGAGAAACCAAAAACCCCUUUAUUAUAAGCUGGGUGGUUUUGGCCCGAUGAGUUUACAAGUUUUUUUAUCUAUUCUGAAAGCCGCUUAUUCUUAUGUGAUGCUCGUGAGCAGGCAAAUGGACUGAUUUAUGUGUUGCAUAUUAGUCAGACUUAGCAGAUUUAGGAAAGACAUUUAAAUGGUUAAAAAAAUUAUUAUAAAUUUAAAAAGGUGUAUUUGUGACUCAAAGACGAUCUUUAAAACUAGGUUUCUUUAAAUAGAAUGGCCAAGAAAUCUGGGUGCGUUAUAUCCUAAUGAUGUAACACAUGGUGUUAAUACUUGGGCGAAACUUCGAAAUUAACAAUUUUCUAUCAGCAUCUAAGUAUCUAAAGAAAUAUAGAAAUAUAGAAAUAUAGAAAUAUAGAAAUAUAGAAAUAUAGAAAUA